AUGUUCCGCAAUAACUACGACAACGACUCGGUCACCUUCUCGCCGCAGGGCCGCAUCUUCCAGGUCGAAUAUGCCCAAGAAGCCGUCAAGCAAGGUUCCGUCGUCGUUGGCAUCGUCAGCAAGACCCACGCCGUCCUCGCUGCAGUGAAGGUCCGCCCAAGUCCACUCCCUCCUGCGCCACGACUAUCACUGACACUACCGCCAACANNGAGAAACGCCGAGGAGCUUUCAUCCUACCAAAAGAAGAUCAUCCCUGUAGACUCACACUACGGCCUUGCCCUGGCCGGUCUCGCCUCCGACGCCCGCGUACUCAGCAACUUCAUGAAACAGCAAUCCCUCUCGUCGCGCCUGACCUACGGUCGCCCCAUCCUGCUUUCAGAAAUCACCUCGCGCGUCGCCGACCGCGCCCAGACAAACACUCAGCAAUACGGUCGCCGCCCCUACGGUGUCGGCUUGCUGGUCGCCGGUGUGGACGCAAAGGGCCCUCAUCUCUUUGAAUUCCAGCCUUCGGGCAUCACCCAGGAAAUGGUCGCUUGUGGUAUCGGCGCCAGAUCACAGAUGGCAAGAACCUAUCUCGAGCGCAACCUCGACCAGUUCGAGGGCAGCAGCCGUGAGGAGCUGAUCAAGCAUGCUCUGCGCGCUCUGAACGAGUCCCUUCCCCAGGACAAGGAGCUUACUGUCGACAACACUUCGCUGGGUGUCAGUGGAUUGGAGGAGAACUUCACCAUGUACGAGGGUCAGCAGGUUGCUCAGUGGUUGGACACGACGUUUGAGAACAGAAACGACGAUGCUGGUGAUGCUGCUGCUGCUCCUGCCACCGAUGCGCCAGCACAACAAGAGGGUGCCGGAGAGUCGAUGGAGGUUGACUCAUGA